GGAAGGAAGAAAGAGAGAGAGAGAGAGGAUUCUGGCUACAUAUUCGAAGAGGAAGGGGUUGCAGCAGCAUUGGUGUGAUGUUAGGAUCCUAGCUUUCCUGUGGGUCAUGUCUACAGCUGAAACUUUUGGGCUCCCUGGGCUCUACCUGUUCCUAAUGGCAGUGCUGUUUCCUGAGACUGUGGAUUCUUCUUGCUGCUAUCAGGCAAAGGACAAUUCAAUGUGUCGGGAAAUGUGUAUACAGAUAUUGGCCUCAAAAAGUGAGUCUCAACAGAAGCAUUUACUACAGAGGGCACCAGAGUACUGUCCUUCAUCUAUGACAGAUGUUUGGAACUGUAUGAAUUCUUCUUUACCAGGUGCCACUAAAAAGUCUGAUGGAUGGGUUGGUCUUGGUUGCUGUGAAUUGGCAAUAGCAGCAGAGUGCCGACGAUCUUGCAAACAGGCAUCUUCAACAAAUGACAUUUUAAAAACCUGCAAGAAACAACAUGAGAGUGCACUUAUUAGCUGUGUCAAUAGGAAUGAAAUGGGAUCUGUAUGCUGCAGCUAUGCUGGUCGGCAUACCAACUGCCGGGAGUAUUGUCAAGCUAUAUUUCGCACAGAUUCAUCACCAGGACCAUCACAAAUCAAAGCAGUGGAGAACUUCUGUGCUUCCACUAGCCCUCAGUUAGUUCAGUGUGUGAACAACUACACGCAGUCUUAUCCAAUGAGGAACCCUGUUGACAGUCUGUACUGCUGUGACAGAGCUGAGGAUCAUGCUUGUCAAACAGCUUGCAAAAGAAUUCUAAUGACUAAAAGAACUGAGAUUGAGAUUGUUGAUAACUUAAUUGCAGCUUGUAAAACCAUGCCUUUGCCUCAGGAUCCACUCUGGCAAUGCUUUCUAGAAAGUUCAGUUCAUCCUGGGGUCACAAUUGCUCCUCCACCUUCUACAGGAGUUGAUGGAGCUAAACUGCAUUGUUGUUCAAAAGCAAAUUCAUCGAAAUGUAGGGAAUUGUGUACAAAAUUAUACAGUACCAGCUGGGGAAAUACUCAAAACUGGCAAAAGUUUGAUAAUGAAUGUGAAUACAACCCUUCAGAGUCUUCAAUGCUAACAUGCCUAGCGGACGUAAGAGAACCGUGUCAACUGGGAUGUCGGAACCUUACUUACUGUACCAACUUUAAUAAUCGGCCGAUUGAACUAUUUAGGAGCUGCAAUGCACAAUCAGACCAGGGAGCAAUGAAUGACAUGAAGCUGUGGGAGAAAGGUAGCAUCAAGAUGCCUUUUAUGAACAUUCCAGUUCUAGAUAUUCGAAAGUGUCAUCCUGAAAUGUGGAAGGCAAUCGCUUGUUCUUUGCAGAUCAAACCUUGUCAUGGUAGAUCUCGGGGCAGCAUAGUUUGCAAAGCAGAUUGUGUGGAAAUACUAAAAAAGUGUGGAGAUCACAGCAAAUUUCCUGAAGGCCACACUGCUGAAAGCAUAUGUGAAAUGCUGUCUUCCACUGAUGACACAGAGGACUGUAUUCCUUUGGAAACGUAUCUUCGAUCAAGUUCACUGGAUAAUGAGGUAGAGGAUGUUACACAUCCAUGCAACCCAAACCCGUGUCCAAUGAAUCAUUUGUGUGAGGUGAACAGAAAAGAAUGUAUUCCUGGAGAACCAUGCCUUCCAUAUUCCUGUGCUCAAGGCUGCAAACUGGGAGAAGCAUCUGACUUUCUUGUACGGCAGGGAACUCUCAUUCAAGUACCGUCAGGAGAAGUAGGCUGUUAUAAAGUAUGUACUUGUGGGCAAAGUGGAACUCUUGAAAACUGCAUGGAACUGAAUUGUGUCGACCUACAGAAGUCGUGCAUUGUUGGAGGACAGAGCAAAAAUCAUGGGACAUCUUUCAAAGUUGACUGCAAUAUUUGUUCGUGUGUUGCUGGGACAGUGCGAUGUUCCAAUCGCCAGUGUUUGAAUGAACUCAGCUCUGAAGAUGAUCGUAGUAUGUUUACUGGAUUACCCUGUAAUUGCGCUGAUAAAUUUGUUCCUGUUUGUGGUCAAAAUGGACGUUCCUAUCCCAGUGCCUGCAUCGCACGAUGUGUUGGUUUACUUGAUUACCAAUUUGAAUUUGGGCUGUGUUCUUCAAAGGAUCCAUGUAAUCCCAACCCCUGUGUUAAGAGUCAGAGAUGCGUUACAAGAAGACAGGUCUGCCUUACUAGCGUUGAGAAGUUUGAAUGCCGCCAAUAUGAAUGCAUCCCACGUCAAACUAAAUGUGACCAUUUGCGAGACCCAGUAUGUGACAGUGACAAUAUGGAACAUCCCAACAUUUGCACUUUGUAUCAAAGAGGAAAACGGCUAUCAUAUAAGGGGUCAUGCCAGCAUUUCUGCAACUCUGCUGAACCAGUCUGUGGACACAAUGGCGAAACAUACAGAAAUGUAUGCAGUGCCUUUUAUGAUCGGGUGGCUGUGGAUUACUUUGGACGAUGUCAAGAUGUGGGAAUAUUUUCAGACCACAAUUUUCAUACUGAGUGUUCUUCAGUACAGUGUCCCCCGAUUCCUAAAUUUGGCUGUAAGCCAAUAAUACCUCCUGGAGCGUGCUGUCCAUUGUGUUCUGGUGUUUUAAGAAUUUUAUACGACAAAGAAAAACUAGAUACCUUUGCUAAGAUAAAGAAAAUGCCAAUCACAGUCAUGGACAUCUUGCAGAAAAUAAGGCCUCACAUAUCUGUACCCCAGUGUGAUGUAUUCGGAUACCUCAGCGUGGAAUCAGAGCUAGUGAUCCUUGUUGUACCAGUUGAUGUUCAUCCUAAAGCAAUACAGAUUGAAGCCUGCAAUAAAGAAGCUGAGAAGAUAAAUUCUCUUAUAAACUCAGACAGUCCAACUCUUGCAUCCCAGGUGCCAUUGUCAGGGCUCAUAACAUCUGAAGUUUUUAUUUCAUCAAGUGUAAAUUCAGACUGUACAAAAAAUAUUUCAGAUGUGUUAUAUUUAUGUUCAUGUCUCUUGCUUAAUAUUUUAUAUAUGUUCUGCCAUCUAUGAUAUGGUUUUAUUUCAAUCAGUUGUAUUGCUUUAAAAAAAAUGGUAUUACCUGAGAUAAUCAAGAUAAUUUUAUAAGAAAAAUGUAAACUUUUUAAAUAUUUGUUUUUCUUUUUUGUGUUCCCAAAUAUAUUCAAUGACAUUUCAGAUCA